GUUCAAGAUGUUUACUCUAUUUUAAUUCCCUUCAUUUUUGAAUCAAGUAAAGGUUUGUAUACUCUUGAUCUCACUUUCCAACCUGGACAAUCUCGUCUGCUCAACUUGUUAGAACAAAUAGAAAUUUCCAACGAGUCUUUGAGAUCAAUCACUGAUUUAUACUGUCACAGUAUAAUUCCAAAAAAUUUUUACGGAGCUCUUAAAAAAGUAACUCGAAAAUUAAAAAGAUUACAUCUAAAUCAUCCACAACAAGAAGAGGAUGUUACUGAUUUAGCUGAACUUAUUCGUCAUCAAAAAGGUCUUCAAUCAAUAAGACUUAAUAAUUCUAGAACAAAAAUAUCAAUGUUACUUCAAAGUUUUAGCAGUCAAGCAGCUACCUUAACGACUCUUCGACUUCAUACAGUUCUUCUUAUGAAUAAGGGAUUGGAUGCCUUAGGAGCUCUAGUAAAUUUGGAGACUUUAGAAAUAAAAAGGAGUAGAACUUCUCUAUUUUAUGCUUAUGAUCCACCUGAUCCGUUAUGGAUUAUGCCACACUUAAAAAAAUUACAUUUGAUAGAAAUUCGUGUGUGGGGUGAUAUGUCAGCCAUACAUUCUAUUUUGAAAAAGACUGUCCCAGUAUUAGAUGAAUUAGUCAUUAGUCAGUUUCUUUCAAUCAAUAAUGCCAUUCAAUUAGCUAUCAGUAAAAGAUUACCUCUAAGACAAGAAGAAAAUUCUAAAAUGACUAUUACUUUUACUAGAUA